CGGUCGCAGGAGUAAGACGUCUCCGUUGUCGCUCGAGUGGCGUGGCUCAUUAAAGUCGAUGGUUGAGGCUUGCAGGGAAGCUGUGGUGGGAGUGUUCGCCGGUCCGCCUGGUAUAUCAAAAGGUGAAGUUUGCUGCUCAAGAUGGCAGACCCAGAUGUUCUCACCGAGGUUCCUGCCGCACUGAAGAGAUUAGCCAAGUAUGUAAUUCGUGGGUUUUAUGGCAUUGAACAUGCCUUGGCUUUGGACAUCUUGAUCCGAAACCCCUGUGUGAAAGAGGAGGAUAUGCUGGAGCUACUCAAGUUUGACAGGAAGCAGCUUCGUUCAGUUUUGAAUAAUUUAAAGGGAGACAAGUUCAUCAAAUGCAGAAUGAGAGUGGAGACUGCUGCAGAUGGGAAAACUACUCGCCAUAAUUACUACUUCAUUAACUAUCGCACUCUUGUUAAUGUGGUAAAAUACAAGUUGGAUCACAUGAGAAGGAGGAUUGAAACUGAUGAGAGAGAUUCCACCAAUCGGGCUUCCUUCAAAUGUCCUGUUUGUAGUAGUACUUUUACAGACUUAGAAGCUAAUCAGCUCUUUGAACCCAUGACAGGAACUUUCCGUUGUACCUUUUGCAGAACAGAAGUAGAAGAAGAUGAAUCAGCAAUGCCCAAAAAAGAUGCACGCACGCUUUUGGCAAGGUUUAAUGAGCAAAUUGAGCCCAUUUACGAAUUAUUACGGGAGACAGAAGAUGUGAACCUAGCCUAUGAAAUACUUGAGCCAGAACCCACAGAAAUACCAGCCCUAAAACAGAGCAAGGACCGUGUAGCGACUACUGCUGGAGCUGCUGGCCUGGCUGGUGGGCACCACCGGGAAGCUUGGGCGACCAAAGUUCCCUCCUAUGAGGACAUGUACACUCAGAAUGUUGUCAUUAACAUGGAUGACCAAGAAGAACUUCAUCGAACCUCACUAGAGGGGAAAUCUGCCAAAGAGAGACCCAUUUGGUUAAGAGAGAGCACUGUCCAAGGAGCAUAUAGUUCUGAAGAGAUGAAGGAAGGUGGCAUAGGUAUAGACACAUUUCAGGACCGUGAUGAAGGACGUGCAGGGCUGGAUGAUAACGAGGAGGUCAUGAGAGCACUGCUUAUUCACGAGAAGAAGACCCCCUCUGCCACAGCUGGCUCAGUGGGGGCAGCUGCUCCUGUCUCUGCUGGCAAUGGCAGUGACUCAGAGAGUGAGACCAGCGAGUCAGACGACGACUCCCCACCCCGUCCAGCAGCUAUGGCUGCACAUCAUCGGGAAGAAGAUGAGGAGGAUGACGAUGAAUUUGAGGAAGUAGCAGAUGACCCUGUUGUCAUGGUGGCUGGACGUUCCUUCUCCUAUAGCGAAGUGAGCCAGAGGCCGGAGCUGGUGACUCAGAUGACACCAGAAGAGAAGGAUGCAUAUAUAGCAAUGGGACAGAGAAUGUUUCAGGACCUCUUUGAGUGAGCUUUCACUAUUUUUUCCUCUUUUCUCUAAUAAUCAUUUCCAUAAAAAUCCCUACCUUUGAUGACAAGUGUUUUAGUGACUUGCUGCCCUUCUUAAUAUAAAAUGACUUAAUCUUGUGCAAAAGAAAAUUUAAUUUUUUUAUACCAAAACUUUCCAUAAAAUAGGUUAACUAGAAGAAUUUUCUUUUCUACAAUUAACCAACAGUAUUAACAUUUUCGUGUAUUUUCUUAUCUAGUAUUUUUGGCUUUACUUUUAAAGACAACUUUUUCCAAGUCCCAGUCUCUCUGCCAAAGCCCUCAAGGAUAGCUUGCAGUAAACUGUUCACUAAUCUCUUCCAAGCAAGCAUUUCAAAGAGUUGCUUAUAUUGUCAACCAAAGAGCUUUUGCCAUAGGCAAAUCAUUGAUAACAGAAGAAAAAUCUUAAAACUUUGUUUUUCAGUUAAGGAUGGAAUUGGUAUAUAAGGGAAUUGAGAGUGUGUUUGGGAAAGAAAUGAAUAUGUCUAAAUUUCAUGAUUAAUAUAUAAGCUAAGUUUAUGUCUUUAGACCUGACUGGACUAGAGAUUCUAUUCUGUUUAAUAGCUUUUGCUUAGAUGUGGAGGCUAGAAAACGGAAAAUGUACUUGAUACAUUUAAUAAGUUGAUAAAUUUUCAUAAAAAAAUAUUUUUUAAUGGACAUCGGACAUCUUGACAAGUAGAGAGCAUGGAAGCUGUGAAUUUUAGAAUUUCUAGAAUUGUGCUGACAUGGAAGUGCUUUAUGUAAAACUGAGUCUGGUCACUGCCUUCCUCUGUUCCCGAAUACAAACCUCUUGUCAAUGUAAUAAAAUUUGUUUAAUGAGGCCAUUCUGACAAAAAUCAGUAUAUAUCAGUUCCCUCCUCCCUCUCUUAAAACCUCUCAACAUCACUGGAGGCCUUCUUUGUUUCUCUCCUUCUAGUCAUGGCAUUUCAGAAUGAAUCCAUUAUGUUGUUGAGCUUUGUAAUCUCCAGGAACUUAGUUUAUGUUUGAUUUUGAUUUACUGUGGUAUUAUUCACUAAAGUUGAACAUUAAAAAUAAAUAACUGUAAAGGGUC